CCCCCCCGCUGAGGAGAAUGGCAGAGGCUCACCUCACCCCCCUCCCUCAGCUCAUCCUCCCAAGAUUGAUGCAUGUUCCCUCCAUUAUUUUAAUCUGGCUGAGAAUUUGGAUAAGCAUGGCACAGCUUCAACAGGGAGGUCCUGAUGAAAAAGAGAAGACUACAGCAUUAAAGGAUUUGUUGUCUAGAAUAGACUUGGAUGAACUGAUGAAAAAAGAUGAGCCACCUCUUGAGUUUCCUGAUACACUUGAAGGAUUUGAAUAUGCUUUUAAUGAAAAGGGACA